CUCACAUCGUCGAGAAACACAGUUGCUCAAACACCAGGUCGCAGUUCUGUCGCGCUCCAAGCUGCUGGCUCAUCACACCAAACUGGUAACUGAAGACUGAGAGAUUCUCCACCACAAUUUACUAACCGAAGCUACGGAAUGAAUUGUCAUCCAUUAGUUGCUGCUCUGUGCAUCGCUGUUAUUACAACACUCGUUAUGAUUACGAUUGCUGAUGACGCCGAAUUUGCAGCAUGUUCCGAAAAGUAUAACAGUAAUUUAACUGCCGAUCAGUUCAGAGCCAAUCACACACCGAUACUCUUAAGCUUGGAUCCAAACAAUAACCAAUCAAACUGCGCUCUGAUCUGUCACGCCACUGCUCUUGGUCUGAUCACAGAGAACGAGACAAUCGACUUGGAUGCUUUGAAUGUUUUUAAACAUCGUUAUAUUUCGCAACCAGAGUGCUUGUCUAUCAAGCAGUGUUUAGAAUGUGCAGAUCGAGCAAACCAAAUGGAUUCUUCUGACUGCAAUUUGGCGAAAAAUUACCUCACAUGUAUCCAGAAUAAUAUUUCGUGCUAGAAAUUAUGACAUUCUACAAGUUGGACUACAGCUUGCAGUAUAUGCUUUUUCUGAGAGAAAAAUUCAGGUUAUGGGAUGUAAUCAUUAAUCAUAGCUGAGAUUUAAAAGUCAUUUAAUAUAGAUUGUUGUACAUUUUGCAUUACAAAUAAAUGCACAUUCAAGAAAAA